UGGGCAGGCUCGUUCGCGCAGACUCGGGCGUCUUCGUGUUCUCGCCGGGUUUCCGCAAAGGGAAAUAAAGAAAGGAAGGCGACCAAGCGCGCGCGGGUCUCGCGCAAAAAUCAUUAAAACGCGUGCUCGAUUCGCGGCUGCGGCAUCGUUGUCGGCUCGUAGUCGACGAUUUAUUAGCGGGUACACGAGCGUACCCACCCGCCUCGUUGGCUACCUACCGGCCGGCUGCAUACACGACCGUCCGUCCGUUUCUCUCCGUCUCUCUCGCGCGAUUCCUUCGAAAACACACAGUGGCCGCCACUUCUUCGCGCGGCCCGAGCGACCCGCCGCUUUGCAUUUCCAUGUCUAACUACGACGCCUGGAACGAGCUAGAAACGAAAGACACGCGUCUCAGCAUGGAGUGGACCCGCGACAAGACCCUCGAGCUGCUGCGCGAAUAUCAACAACGACGCGUCCUGUGGGACUGGAACGCCCGUGGCUAUCGCGACAGAGCGAAACGCAAACGCGCCAUCCAGGAACUCGCCGAGAUACUCUGCUGCAACACCCUCGAGAUCGAGAAGAAAAUCACAAACUUGAAGUGCCAGUACUCGAGGGAGGUGCACAAGAUACAGAACAGCCGCGACGCCGCCACCGGGCCCGACGAUGUUUACGUGUCGAAGUGGUUCGCGUUCAAGGCGAUGCAGUUCCUUCAAUUCGGUACACGCAGAUACAGCAAACGAAAGAAGAAAGUCGAAGAGGAGUCGCCGAAGUUGCAGGAGGAGUACAUAGUGAGUGACAUCGAUCCCGAGAGCAUAACGUUUAUAGACUGUAACGAGGAAACGAACGGCUCGGGAACUGGUUCCUUCAACGCCUCGCUGAGCGAAGACGCCGAGGAGUCGUCCUCGUCGAGCCUGAAGGCGCUGAAGCUUUACAACGGUUCGAUGCAGGACCAGAACAGCCCGAUCGGCGACCUGGACGAGUCCGGCCAGAUGAACCUCGAAGUCGCGCCGAUCGAACGGAAGAGAACGAAAGAGGAAUUCGCGAAAUUCGCCGAGAGCAUCGCCGUCCAAUUGGCGGAUAUCCCAGACUCCUACUCGAGGUCCGUCGCGAAGCUCAGGAUUAAUCAAAUCCUUUUCGAAGCGGAGAUCGGCGUUUACGCGCAAACGCGUCGCUAACAAGUGCAAUCAUGAGACACUCUGACGCUUCGAUUGCUGGCUGCGCGGCUCACAUUCCAAUGCUCAG